AUGCCGUAUGCCGAUCCUCAAGCACUUGGCAAUAUGGCGCUCGUGCUCAGCGAGAAGUAUCGACUAUUGGCUGAAGAAGCCAGACAGGCCGUAGCCAUGCUCCCGUCACCGUCCGUAGCGCAAAAACUGAAAGUGGCCGUGCAGAAGCUUGGAACCUCUUGCAUCGACACGGUAAAAGUGGCCGGUCAACGCCGUGCACAUCCGAAUGAUGAGCGUACUCACCGUGAACUGAGCGACAAUUCGCGUGUAGUUGUGGAGAGAGUGAACGCUGUGUUGGCAUCGUUGCAUGAGGGCUCAAAAGGCACUCAGGCUUGUAUCAACGCUGCCAAUACCGUAUCGGGAAUUAUUGGUGACUUGGACACGACGAUUCUGUUCGCCACCAGUGGAAGUCUGAAUGUCGCCACUGAACAGCGCGAUUUUAAUGAGCACAGAGUAGCAAUCAUCAAAACGGCAAAAGCCCUCGUCGAAGACACCAAGGCCCUUGUCGCCGGUGCAGCUUCUAAUCAGGAGCAAUUGGCGGUUGCUGCGCAAAAUGCCGUACGAACCAUCGUCAAUCUCUCGGAUGCAGUCAAAAAUGGCGCUGGCAGCUUGCCGAGCUCCAACUCUGAGGCUCAGGUGCUGGUGAUUCAUGCUGUACGUGAUGUGGCCGCUUCAUUGUCGGCCCUCAUUCAGGCUACGAAGAACGCUUCAGGUAGAUCGCUUCACGACCCAGCAAUGAAUCACCUCAAGGAGGCUGCCAAGACCAUGGUGUCCAAUGUGACGUCCUUACUGAAGAUCGUGAAGACCGUCGAAGACAAGGCGCAGCAGGGUACCAGAGCGCUAGAGGCAGCUAUUGAUGCUAUCGGAAUCGAAAUCAAGACCUACGAUCACGAGACCGGUGAGGGAACAUCUGGGCCAUCCGGCGCCACACCGGAACAUUUGGCACGUGCAACGAAACGCGUCACUGACGCCACAACUCGUCUUGCUGGUGCUGCUCAGACGCUCCAACAAAGCGAUGUGAUCGCCGCGGCUAACCUUGCCAGAGCUGCUGUCAGUGAGCUGCUAAUCGUGUCUCGCGCAGCAGCCGCUGACGCCGAUAGUGCCGAAGCCAGGUACAGAACGCUCGACGCUGGACGUGAUGUCGCCGCUCAGGUUCGUGGCCUGCUUGUCGCCUUGCACACGGUUUUGGCACGAAAUGCUGACCCGUCAUCGCGCCAGCUCCUUCUGGAUGCUUCUCGUGGAGUGGCACGAGCCGUUCGUGGCCUGCUUGUCGCCUUGCACACGGUACUUGCACGAAAUGCUGACCCGUCAUCGCGCCAGCUCCUUCUGGAUGCUUCUCGUGGAGUGGCACGAGCCGUGAAAGACUUAAUUGGAUGCAGUGAACUUCUGAAGACUGACACAUGGGCAGAUCAUUCCGAUCCGACAGUAGUGGCUGAGAACGAAUUGAUGGGAGCAGCAAGUUCGAUAGAAGCAGCUGCAGUGAAAUUGGCCGAACUUCGUCCACGAGUACAACCGAAAACCGAUGAGAAUUUAGCCUUCGACGAGCAGAUCCUCAGCGCAGCCAAAUCAAUUACUGCUGCUGUUCAGACGCUGGUAAAAGCCGCGUCGUCGGCUCAGCGCGAGCUCAUCGCCCAAGGUAAUCAGACUCGUUGA